CCCAGUCUAGCUGCAAAAAGGAACUUCAAAAUACUUACGAUAUAUGGUCUGACCAUGCCAGUAGUUGAUGUAUGGCAACAUUUAAUAGUGCAUGCUUAAUAAAAACUAUGAGAACAUAGUGACAACAUAGGAAUACUUCCCCAGUAUGCUCUCAGCCCCCAAAAGGUUUUAUAGGCACUUCAUAACAUGCUUCUGGAGACCCUGCUUAAAAACCUUCUGAAAGUUAAGGCUUAAAUACAUUCUCUGUUUUGCUCUAGUCUGUGGCACCUAGAUUGUCCUCAAAAAACAUAAUGGUAUUUCUAGCCACCUUUUAUUUUCACUACAGCAGAACAGCUAAUAGGAAUUACACUGUUCUUUUGGAAAAACAGAACAAAAGUAUCUGUAGUUCAGUGGACUCUGCAUGUCUUAACAUGGAUUCUCAUUAUUUUUCCAAAGGUAUGAUUCCUUCACAGGUGUUCCUGUGUGUCAGCAAAAUCUGCUGCUGGAAAAAGCGAGUAUUUUAUUCAAUAUUGGAGCCCUCUACACUCAGAUUGGAACAAGAUGCAAUCGUCAGACCCAGACUGGACUUGAAAAUGCUGUUGAUGCUUUUCAGAGAGCUGCAGGAGUCCUCAGCUAUUUAAAGGAGACCUUUACUCACACACCAAGUUAUGACAUGAGCCCAGCUAUGCUGAACGUACUAGUGAAGAUGAUGCUUGCUCAAGCUCAAGAGUGUGCUUUUGAGCAGAUCAGUCUCCCUGGAAUACGCAAUGAGUUUUUCACACUAGUGAAAAUGACACAGGAAGUUGCCAAGGUGGGAGAGGUUUACAUGAUGGUUAACACUGCAGUGACUCAGGAACCAGUCAAAGAGAAUAUCCCGUAUUCCUGGUCUAAACUGGUACAAAUAAAAGCAGACCAUUACAGAGCUUUGGCACAUUACUUCCUUGCCACCAUUCUGUGUGACCAUGAAUUGCAGCCCAACGAUGAUGAAGAUCAGCAGGAAAAAGCCUUAUCUCAGCUGUAUGACUACGUGCCAGAAGGUGUGAUGAUUCUCACCAUUUUAAAGGACAAAGUUCAGAGAAAACAACUAGGGAAGGCACAUUUACGCAAAGCCAUUGUCUACCAUGAAGAAGCUCUAAGAGUCUGUGGUUUGUGCAAAAAACUUCGAAACAUUGAAGUUCUUCUGGAGGUUCUGACAGCUGCACAUAAGCGCUCACUUCUCAAAUAUGCUCAGCAGGAGACGGAAGAUGACUUUCUCAGUCUAAUCCAGGCUCCAGAUAUUCUUCCUAAAACAGAGCAUAAAGUAGAAAUGGUUGCUCCUCAGUUUUCCAAGGUGAAAGUUAAAGACUUUUUUCACAGACUGGGCCCGCUGUCGGUGUUCUCAGCCAAGCAGAGAUGGACGGCUCCACGUACCAUUCACUUCCACUGUGAAACAGGAGAGCUGGGAUUCAGCCUUAAAGGAGGUUCACCAGUACAAAUUUACUGUCUUGAUCCAGUUUGUUCUGCAGCAUCAGCAGGCCUAAAAGAAGGUGAUUACAUUGUUUCAAUUGGUGGAGUGGAUUGCAAAUGGCUUGGAGUGAAUGAGGUACUGGAAAAAUUCAAAAGCGUGGGAGAGCAGCCCAUUGAGUUUGAGGUUAUCAGCUGCCAGGAUACAACAGCAUCUAUGGUACGUAAUGAGGCAAAUACAUUUGUGGACUUGAUAUGUGAGGCUUUUUUUUUCUUUCUUUUUUUGGAUGUAAUCCUCUUGCGGAGACUGGUCGAAGCAAACUACAAAAUCAAAGAGCUGUCCUAA